AUGUUGGGUUAUGUGGGGAGCACAAGACUCGAGGAGGGGAAUUGUAGAAUAAUGAAAAUCACCGCAGGAGCGUAUGAGACGACCAGCAAACGGAAUCUAAAUCCGAUAGCCAACAACGCUUCAGAAGCGAUAGGAUCUUCGAUGCGAAGUGAUGGAUGCGAUGCGAUGCGUGAUAUGGUAGAAAGCGUGCGAGUUGCUGAGCAAGGGAUCAGUCGAAACGUAACGAGGCAGACAAAGGUCCGCGUCAAGAUAAAGCAAAAAGGCUCGGCCAACGAGAUCAGCCACUGGGCGAGGGAGUAA